AUGAAAAAUCUUGGAUUAACAUUACCUUUUGAGACGGUUGGGGAUUUCACAGAAAUUAUUGAAUCUCUUGAAAGUGGAAAAUUUUUCGUCUCCAGCAUUGUUCAAGAGUCUUGUAUUGAAGUUAAUGAGAAAGGUACAAAAGCUGCUGCUGCUACUUGUGCCUCUGCACAGCUCACUUCACGUCCACCUCCACGACCAAGUUUUGUGGCAAACCAUCCAUUCAUGUUCAUGAUUAGAGAAGAGAUAUCUGGGAUCAUAUUUUUUGUUGGAGUUGUACUUAACCCCCUUUUAGGCUAA